CUGAGUCUCCAAAAGAAUAACAGGGCUACAGACUGGCAAUUCAUUGUUCCAAAAAGAAAAACUCAAAGAAGAGAAAUGGAAAGAAAUGGAUAAUUCUCCAGUAAACAUGUCCCAGGGCUUAUACUUUUCAGCCACACCUGCUCAUCAUUGAAGUGUCCUGGAAGGAGGAGAGAAAGGCAACAGUAGCAAAGGAUCCAGAAGGGGCCCAGUCAUUGUUCAUGAAACAGAAACUCAGAGCAGAGCAACAGGAAGAAAUGGCUGCUUCUCCAGUAAGUACAUCCCAGGGUCUGUUGACAUUCGGGGAUGUGGCUUUGGACUUCUCCCAGGAUGAGUGGGAAUACCUGAACUCUGCUCAGAGGGCUUUGUACAUUGAUGUGAUGUUGGAGAAUUACAUCAACCUGGUCUCUGUCGAGAAGCACCACAUGUGUGGUAAAUAUGAGAAGGUCUUGGAUCAACACUCAGAGCAUAUAGUCCGUCAACAUGGGAAUAUCCAAGAGAAGUCUUACAAAUAUAAGGAGCUUGGCAAAAUGAUUCAUGAGUCCUCUCCAUGUACACCUUAUAACACAGGUGGUACUGCAGAAAACUGCAACAAGUACAGAUGUAACAACCAGGAUGCUUCCAUUGAAUCAUCAAACCUAAACAGACAUAAAAGUGUACAUACUGGAGAAGAACUUUUCAAAUAUAAAGAGUGUGGCAAAUGUUUAUGUUCCAACGUUAGUCCAAAUCAGAGUAUCCACUCUAUAAAGAUGGAGCACAAGUAUAGAGAAAAUGAUAAGCUUUGGGGUUCUACCCACAGACUUGUACAGCCAAGGACUCAUAGUGGAGAGAAAGCACACAAUUAUGGGACAUUCUUUAGGAGUUGCUCAAGCCUCAGUUCACAUCAGAGACUUCACACUGGAGAGAAACCAUGGAAAUGUAAAGAAUGUGGUAAGUCCUUUAAGUGGUUGUCUCACCUUAAAACCCAUUGCAGAAUCCAUACUGGAGAGAAACCUUACAAAUGUAAUGAAUGUGAUAAAGGCUUUUCCAGGUUAUCUAGACUUAAAAGCCAUUAUAGAACCCAUACUGGAGAGAAACCUUACAAAUGCAAGGAAUGUGGUAAGUGCUUUGCUCGGUUGUCAAGACUUAAAAGCCAUUAUAGAAUCCAUACAGGAGAGAAACCUUACAAGUGUAAGGAAUGUGGCAAAUCUUUUACCCAUUGCACAGGUCUUAGUACACAUCAGAAAAUUCAUACUGGGCAGAAACCUCACAAAUGCAAAGACUGUGGUAAAUCCUUUUAUCUGUUGUCAACACUUAAAGAACAUUUUAGAGUCCACACUAGAGAGAAACCUUACAAGUGCAAAGAAUGUGGUAAGUUCUUCCAUUGGUUGUCAGGCCUUAAAAGCCACUACAGAAUCCACACUGGAGAGACACCUUACAAAUGUAAGGAAUGUGACAAGUCAUUUUCUCAGUUAUCAAGACUUAAAAGCCAUUAUAGAACCCAUACUGGAGAGAAAUCUUGCAAAUGUUUAGAAUGUGACAAAUAUUUUACCCAAUGCACAGCUCUUAAAAGACAUCAGAAAAUUCAUACCGAUGAAAAACCCUACAAAUGUGAAGAGUGCAGCAAAUGUUUUUAUGUGUUGUCUCACCUAAAAAGCCACUGCAGAACCCAUACUGGAGAGAAACCUUACAAAUGUGAGGAAUGUGGCAAGUGUUUUUCUCAGUUGUCAAAACUUAAAAACCAUUAUAGAAUCCACACAGGAGAGAAACCUUACAAGUGUAAGGAAUGCGACAAAUCCUUUACCCACUGCACAGCUCUUAGUACACAUCAGAAAAUUCAUACUGGAGAGAAACCCUACUCAUGCAAAGACUGUGGUAAAUCCUUUUAUCUGUUGUCAAGACUUAAAGAACAUUACAGAGUCCACACUGGAGAGAAACCGUACAAUUGCAAGGAAUGUGGUAAGUUCUUCCAUUGGUUGUCAAACCUUAAAAGACAUUCCAGAAUUCACACUGGAGAGAAACCUUACAAAUGUGGAGAAUGUGACAAAUCAUUUACCCACUGCUCAAGUCUUAAAGCUCAUCAGAAAAUUCAUGCUGGGGUGAAACCCUACAAAUGUGAAGAGUGUGGCAAGUCUUUUUAUUGGUUGUCAAACCUUAAAACCCAUUCCAGAAUCCACACUGGAGAGAAACCUUACAAAUGUGGUGAAUGUGAGAAAUCCUUUACCCAGCGUUCUCUUCUCACAAAGCACAACAGGAUCCAUAUUGGAGGAAAACAUGGACAUAGAAACGUGUGAGAACUUUUGAUGAAUGAUUAAAUCAUAGAAAAUACCAAGAGCUUAUACUAGUUCAUGAGGAUAAAAUGUAAUCAGAAAAGUCAAACCAGAAAGAAACCACAAGAGUGUUCACUGUUGUGAACUCCUCAUGUCUUGUGCAUUAGAAAUUCCAUGCUAGAAAACCCAUGAUAUGCAUUGGUUUUUGUCAAAUCCUUUACCUAGUGUUAAAAUUGUAGAUACAUCUGAAAACUCAUCCUGAAGGAAAACCCAAGAAACUCCUUUAGUAAAGACUCCUCUUUUUCUUACCUUCAAUAUAAUCAUUUAGGAGUCAAACCAUACAGACAGCAAGAGCAUGAGAAACAUUAAAGAAAUAACUUGUGGGUGUGAUACAUGUACAUACAUAGCCAGGAAAUCCCAAAGAAUGUGCAGGGAAAAUAAUUUUUCAGUACUCAAGAAAAUUGGAAAAGUAUUUAUCCAACUGAAAAGCACCGUGAUUCAUAUAGAAACACUGAGACACAACAGACAUUAGCCAAACAACUGUAUUGCAAAGAAGGAAACCAAAUGCAUAAGGGAAUUUGUUGUGUACUUGAAUGGAGGAGGAUAUUUCUAUUUGAGUAAAUAUAAAAUUCAUAUUAACAUGUGGGUAAUGCCACUACUGAAAUUUGAUGAAAUGUAAACACAGUAGGUUUUUUUCACACUCAGAUACAUCCAUGCUGUCUUGCUUACAGAUGAGUUUAUGAUAAUGUCUAUCAAUUGUUGCUGCUUCAGAGCUGAUAAAUCUGAGACAGGAGUGAUGAAGUGAGGUAGCUAAUGACUGGUUGCUAAUCAUCUGGUGACUCCAACCAUCUAGGCAGACUCAUGAUGGCAAAUUCAGAUUCUCCCUGGGUCCAAUCUUCAUGCAGGUACUGCACAGACCAAGGCCUUGAUGACCUUUUGAGAACUACACUAGUUUAUGACAGUGUUCCAGUCCCAGAGAGAAUUCUGUCAUUGUGUGCCUGUGAAGACCACUUUUUUUUAAACCACUUAUCCCCAAUUGUUUUCUUCAUUGGAUCGCUAUGUAAAACUCAACCUUUGCAACCUGAGCAGAAUCCUGUCUUGGAAUCCCUUUGGUUUCAGGAGUUAUUCUUCACCUUCAUUUGUAACACAUGGUGCUUGAAGUGCCCUACUCUGUUGGAGUUCAGUUUUCUUUGUGUGGGCAGAAUUCUGAGAUCAUGGCAGCUUACAGGCACUGGAGCUUGAGGCCUGCUGCUCCUAGCAGUCUACUCUCAUAAGGUGUCAUCAACAUCAGUUGGUCCAUGAAGAAUUAGUAGUCUACACAAGCUUCAAUACUGUAACACAAAUGGAGCUGAGCUUUAAUUUGCGGAAGGAGGAACACACAUGAGGUAAGUAUGCUAAGCAAUAGGAAAAGAAAAGGGCUAUCCUAGCUUUCAAUUGGCAGAGGCAGGGGGAUCUUAAUAGCAUAUUAUAGAAAUAUCUGAAAAAAAAUGAUAAACCCAGAGAACUGUUGAUCUCUGUUGGGAUUUCUUCAAUAAAGUUUAUGUGAAAAAAAUAGAGAUAUCAGAUGAAAGUAAAAUCUAAUAUUUGAGAAUAUAUAGUUGUGUUGAACAAUGUACACCAUGAAACUCACACCUUUGCUUUUUUUUUAAAAUGGUCAAUAAUAACUGUAGGUUUCCAAAUGUUAGUAAAGUAACAUUCUUCCUACUAUUAUCUGCAGUUUUCAUAAAACCAUAUGUAUUUUUGAAAUGUUCUACAACUCUAUGUAAGGUGAUUUUUUUAAAAAAAUAAAUAAAACAUCUGUGUUUAA